AUUGGACAUCUUUACGCCCCUGUGUUAUGCAAGUAUAAAACAACAACCUAAAAUGUGUCACACGGGAAGGACCACCGACCGAGCAACACGUUUGUUAUAAAAAGAGCUUUUUAAAAACAGUGACGUAAAACUGGAGGGAAAAGAAGAAAUGAAAUCCUUCUACAUUUUACCACUUCUAGCAUUCUUGUUCAGUUGCUAUGUGCACUUCUGUGGGUCACGCUCAGGUUUGGUAUAUGCUUCAAAUCCAGUUUCCCCACCAGUGAGCAGUAAUUCCAUUCGGGCGGUGUGUAGAAUGCGCCCUAACACUCAGUUGAAACCUGAAAUGCCCUGUGUGUACGGUCAUGUUUUUUUCCAACAGUCUGGUCCAAAGGAAAAGCUGAGCGUGACUUUCAGACUGUAUGGUUUCCCUGUCUACAGCCAGCAGCCCAGAGCAAUGCACAUUCAUGAGUACGGAGACUUAAGCAAAGGCUGUGGAUCUACAGGUGGGCAUUACAAUCCCCUCGGUGUGAACCAUCCACAACAUCCAGGGGACUUUGGGAACUUUGUUCCUGUUAAUGGGAAGAUUCGUCAAUCAAUGAACUUCAGUGCAACACUCUUUGGGAGACUCUCAAUUCUUGGCCGGUCUGUUGUGAUUCAUGAAGGAGAGGAUGAUCUAGGCAGAGGUGGGAACGUGGGAAGCUUGCUGAAUGGCAACGCUGGAGGGCGAUUGGCAUGCUGUGUUAUUGGACUGGCAAACCCCCAAAAUUAGCAUAUACAAAUUACAUAUACAUUUUUUUUUUCCUUUUGAGUAUUUAUCAGCUGAAUAACUGAUGCUUUUAAAUGGAAUUAUAGAUUAACAAUGCUCAAAAUCUCUGGUUAUUU